CGUGCAGUGGUCGAGAACAGCAAACCCGUCAAAGGCGGUGGGUGCUACAGGUUUGUUUACUGAGUCGACACGAGGAGUGGUAGGCAGCCUUGGGCAGAAAUGCGGCACAGACGUCGACCAGAAGCGCUGUUCAAAGGCCGAGUGCGCGCUCUUCCUGAGGCUUUGUGGAACCGGGCGUGGGUGAAACAGUGGACGGGAUUUGGAGGUGGGAUGUGGGAAGUGGGAUAUAGAGUAGAUCGGCAGGGUAUGGCGGGGAUAGGUGCGGGUAGAAUGCCCCAGUCUUAUCCAGCGCACGGUCGGUGCUGUGCAGAGGGCAGAGUGAGCAAGGUCUCGUCUUUUCAACAGACUCCAGAGAGGAGAACUGGACACCUAAAGCGAAGACAGGAGGACCCAGACCGGAAGGCGGUCAGAGAAUAGAAGGAUGGUCGCUAGGCGCGGCUCGCCAAGAAGGUCGGGCGGCGAGCGAAUCAGGGCGCUGGACACAGGACCGGCGGGGCGCGGCAACCGAGCACGAAACGGCAAAAGAACAAGCGGCGACGAUGCG